AUGAAAGUCCAAAGGGAGAUCCUACUACGGCCUUUGCGGGCCAAUGUCUGCGUGGUGCCAGCGCGAACUGCCAACCUAUUGCCCAAAACCCAGCGCCGGUCACUCAUUCCCGCGCCGUCUGCGAAUUCAGGCCCUCUACUAGAUCGACGAGCCGACAGAGAGCUACCGAAAGUCGAGUCGAGGUUUAAAUGGGCUCGCACGCUGCCAAUAUUCGCGGUCUUGACCGGUGCUGCUGUGUUGGGCAUAUUCAACUACCAGAAAUCCUCCUCGAGUGUGGUGAGCAGUACGCUGUAUGCGUUGCGCGUUUCGCCGCAGGCCCGCGAGAUCCUCGGAGAUGAGAUUUAUUUCGCAAACCAGAUUCCGUGGAUUAGCGGGCAGAUGGAUCAGCUGCAUGGCCGAAUCAAUAUAUCUUACUGGGUGAAGGGGACAAAAGCCAAGGCCAAAAUGACGUUUAAAAGCGUGCGCCCUGAUCGCCUGAGUUAUUUCCAUACCGAAGAAUGGAGCCUGGAGACGGAAGACGGAAAACUUAUACAACUUCUUGCGCCAGACCAGGACCCUUUCCGUACACCUUGA